UCAUCCGUCAGUUCUGCAUCGAUUGCCCAAAGAAGACUAGCAGGUGUUCGUAUUUAGCGACAGCAUAGUUUUUUUUCUCUUCAUUUUAUUAAAUAACAAGAAAGAGUUGCAGUGCAAAUCAACUUUUCCUCAGUGCUUUGGUUUCAAUACAUAUUUUACAAUGUCGGAAGUGAAAACCUAUUCUCUGGCGGAUAUCAAAGCGCACAACACGAACAAAUCUUCCUGGAUUGUGAUUCACAACAACAUCUACGAUGUGACGGAGUUCCUAAAUGAGCACCCCGGUGGCGAGGAAGUACUGCUGGAGCAGGCCGGCAAGGAAGCUACGGAAGCUUUCGAAGAUGUCGGUCAUAGCACAGAUGCUCGCGAGAUGAUGAAAAAGUUCAAGGUCGGCGAAUUGAUCGAAUCCGAGCGGAAGCAGGUUCCGGUCAAGAAGGAACCGGACUGGAAUACGGAUCAAAAAGAUGAAAACUCACUUAAAUCCUGGGUCGUACCACUGAUUCUUGGCCUGCUAGCGACCAUCAUUUACCGGUUCUACUUCAGUCAGUAACGUGUUCGUUGAUUCUGACGUUAACAAAAUCAAACCGUGCCGCUUCAUUCCAUAAUGCGCAACAGCAGCGUCGAACGAAUUGUGAAACCUUUACAACACAUUACAGACAACACAAGAAUACUUCUACUGAUACUUUGUUAGCAUAACAAAACGACUGCGCUUGGUACUAUUUUAGCAUUUUAUGACGAAACACAAAACACUUACGAUUAAAAACCAGCGCCAACAUAUGUGAGGUCGGGAAGUUUCAAAAAGCAAAACAAAGCUAUUGAAUGUGAAAUUAAAACAUAGUUUAUAAUUCAAGGAAGUGCUAUGAAAAAGAACAGUUCAAGCCUAUCGCCACGUUUUGUCUUAAGAUUCAAGGUACUACAUUUUUCCAUGAGUAAUAGACAGGGAAGCAGCAUUUGAGCGCGAAAGAUUUUUUUAAUUACUCUUUAAGAUUGUUGGAUAAAAGAUGGUAUAGAUAGGGUUAUGUUAGCACCGAUGCAUUAUUUUGUUAAAAUGAAAUUAGUUUUUUUGCAUUAUCUUCUUACUUCAACAUGCUAUGGACGUCUUAUUCGGGAAUAAACUCAAUCUAUAUUUGUA